AAUCUUCAGAACAUUUCAACUAGAAGUCAACUUCGGGCGAAGGUAGCUAACAGCCGCUGACUGACCAACACUGUGGCCGGCCUCUAUAAUCACAUUUCUGGGUCUUUGGGACUUUUAGGGUCAUGGCUUUGACCAUGAAGAUGGUCCGGCUAUUUUUGUGUGUCCUGUCCGUGUUUGUCUCACUGGUCUCGGAGAGGUUAGUGGUGCUGGCUGCCUUCUCUCAGUCUCUUGACAGCGACUUCACGUUCACUCUGCCCGCCGGUCGAAAGGAGUGCUUCUACCAGACCAUGAAGAAUGAUGCCUCACUGGAGAUUGAAUAUCAGGUGUUAGAUGGUGCAGGCCUUGAUGUAGACUUCACUGUCUUCUCUCCAUCGGGCCAAAUGCUAUUCAGUGACUACCACAAGUCUGAUGGUGUCCACACCAUAGACACUGAGGAGGGAGACUACAUGUUCUGCUUUGACAACACGUUCAGCUCAGUCUCUGAGAAGCUCAUCUUCUUCGAGUUGAUCCUGGACAACAUGGAUACAGAUGAAGACCCAGAUGACUGGAAGGAGUACGUCCACGGAACAGACAUCCUGGACAUGAAGCUGGAAGACAUUAUGGACACCAUCAACAAUGUGAAGGCUCGGCUGGGAAAAAGCUCUCAGAUCCAGACGCUUCUGCGAGCAUUCGAGGCUCGUGACCGAAACAUCCAGGAGAGUAACUUUGAAAGGGUGAACUUUUGGUCAGUGGUCAAUCUCAUUGCUAUGGUUCUGGUCUCGGGGGUUCAGGUCUACCUAGUCCGCUCGCUGUUUGAAGAUAAACGGAAAAUUCGAACAUAACACAACCUGAAAUGGAGUGAAACAGAGAGACUGACACAGUUGCCCACAAAAACCUUAUGGAUUUUUUCAGCUGAUUUCCCCUUUUGUGACUUUUAAUCAAGGAUAUUAUAUAUAUAUAUAUGCACACUUACACACACACAAUGAUAAAGAGCCAAUUUACCACAGUUGUUGCUCUGGUCUUUUAAGUCGUUGCAGCUUGAAGGAAACCCCAGGUUUGGAAAAACUUAUGACUCUCAACUUUACAUACAACCUAGCUCUGUCUUUCUUGAAAAAACAUGCAUCUUGUUUGAUAGGUCCCCCCAACUGCUGUAGUUCAUCAGUGAUAGAAGCACAUUUACAAUGCAACUAUUUUUCUAAUGGAGCCAGGCCAAAUGCAAAAAUGUCUUCUUUUUUUCUUCCUUUUUUAAAAAAAAAAUAAAUUUCAACAUAGGUUAAGCUAAACUAGAUGAAGGAAUGGUCUGGGGCCUGUUAUUUCUGUCAGAUAGGAGUGAGAGGUGCUGCCAGUCUGUUAGUGUGUCUUCCCCUUACAAUAAGAUGCCUUAUUCAUUUGGAUUUCGCUCCCAGCCUUUUGCCUAUUGGUGAGGCCUUUGAAUACUUUUCUUAUUGCCACAAAUAUUUAUGUUGUUACAAUUCAGCCACAUAUUCCCCUUCAUGCCAAUACUGAAAAUACAGGGCUGCACUGCAAUGCUGCUCUUUGGCACCCAAAAGACCGCAAGAGAAGGAAACGGGCCAUCUCCAAAUCUCUUUAUAACUACUGCCCCACUCUCCUCUGCCAUGAUUUGUGGACUUGUGGCCUGAAUGGCUGCCAGCCAGCGCCGCUGCUGUGAAGCCUGUCUGCUGCUGCUGGGUGUCUACUUACAGCCACCUACUGUGUGAAGAUGUUGAGCCUGCCCGUCUCUCCUGUGACAGAAGUCUAUUUCUAUCUGAGUGACAUCUGGAAGGUCAUUGCCACUACUUCAAUGCACUGGUUGGUUUAAUAUGCAUAAACUAUCCUUUGCCUUGUGGUUUUUUUUGGGUUUUUUUUGUUUUGUUUGUUUGUUUUUUUUCUCUUUUCAACAUACUUUUCCAGGUCCUUGCACUGCCUCAGAUCCCACAGAACCCCAUUUUGGCAAACAAAAAUGGGUCCACAGUCUACAUGGUUGGAAUAACACCAGUUUGUUACCUGUUACUUGUAUUGUAUUAAACUGCUACUGCGGUUGUAGUUUUUAUUGAUGUUUAUUCAUCUCCACUGUGGAACCCUGGCUGCUCACUACCUUGGCUCGAUGCUUCAUGUUGCAGUCUUCUGAUUUUUGCCUUGUGCUGUAAGGUGAAGAUCAUACAGUGAGUUUAUGCCUUUGUGAUUUACACUAUCUUUUGUUAGAAGUGAAUAAAACCAAACUGAGUAGACUAAUUGGUUUACAGUUAUAACAUUUUGCCACACGGUAUGUGCAUAUGUCAAUCACAAAUUCUUUGGAUGCCUGUAAUAAUAUUGGAUGUCUGGUUGUGAGAAAUGGUCAUCAUCUGCCUCAGUUUCAGUGCUUUUCCUUAUUCUCAUGUAUGGUUGCUGUCACUGGUAUUUACGUACUGUAUGUCUGGAUUCUAAUAAGUGAUGUAUUGGUAAUAAAAAAUAUUUUUUGAUCAAUUUUUAACAUGCUUUCAGAAUUCUACAAAAACAAAAGAACAACGUUUUUUUUUAAGUAUUUCUAUGUUACUGAGUAAUAAAAGUUUGUGUCUACAGCUUCAUUGUCUUUGAGAAAUGUUUUCUGUCAUAAAACAGCAGUGGGAGAAGAGGGAAAGUGGCAUCAUAUUUAUUUAGCUAAUAUCCUGCAGUUGAAAAUUUCUGCAGAUUAAACAGCUUCACCUUUUUUCUGACCUCUGCAUUCUGUUGUUAUAUUCCCCCCCAAAGAGUGUGA